GUACUACAAUUCUUGAUAUUGCGUGGCCCAUUGUGACGUCAACCGCCCGCUGCCAACGCGCCAAUCCGGCGUCGAGCCUCCCUUACCAACAUGGCGGCCGCGUGUUCGCGCGCGCCGGCGGUGACGUCGGCGUUGCCGUGGCGACGCGGCCUCUCAAAUCGACUAAAACAAAAAAAAAUUUGUCAACGUUGCCGCUCGCGAUUUCGCCCUGGUUUUGUAACGCCGGCCACAACCUCGCGUUCACAUAUUUAAAUAAGAUUUUUUUCGCAAAGAAAAUAAAACCGCGUGUGCCGCGCGUGCGGAUAUAUAUAAUCAUCAUCAUCAACAACAACGACUAUAUAUCUCUCUCUCCCGUGUGAAGAAAGGACACUAGGUGUAGUGGUGGUGGGUGGUUGUUGUUGUAGUAAAAAUCAUGGCAAUGGACGUGGAAGCGACGGCGCUCCUCACCGCUCAGAUCGUCUGCAAGUUGGCCGACUCCAACUUCUACGCGAGGCUGCACGGCGCCGUCACGAAAGAGGUUCAGGGUGACGACGUCCGGCUCUCCACUCUGAGCGAAGACCUCAGGAAUGCCUUAAAGAAGUCAGGUUGGAAAGCGAAACUCCAGAAUGCUGUUUACAGAGAGAUGAGCGUGCUGCCGAGCGCUGCGCUGCCGCCCGAGCUGAGGAAGGAGCCCGUGGCGUACAUGCGGCGAGCACAGGCACAGUGGGAGAAGCGGGUGAUGAAGAGUUUGAACAGCAUGUGCACGGAGCUCGGAGUUACUCUUUGUCAGAAGCGUUCGCCCGAAGAGCAGAAAGGGCUGCUGAGCAAAUGGAGUGAGAUGGGGUCCGACGAACCAGAUCUGAGCCGGUUCCGGCCUGUCUACGCCCCCAAGGACUUUCUCGAGGUGCUUGUGCAUCUUCAGGACCCCGAGGUGUUGAACUUUGACCCGGGACACCCAUGUCGGCCGUGGGGGCUGGUGCAGGUGCCUCUCGAGAUCAGCACCUCCGAGCAGCUGUCUCAGCACUUUAAGGAGCUUGCCCUGCACGAGCAGCAGACCGGCUUGGAAGACGUCACUCCACUAACCUCCGAAUCAUUUGAAGUGCAGCGAGAGAAGCUCGCAAAGAAAGUGCUGGAGACAGAUGAGAGUCUGCUGGCUCAGCACUUUGCCCGGAAGGGCUGCCCCAACGCCCAGCGCGCCGCCCUGUGGCUCCUCAUCCUCAACGUCUCCAUGGGCGCCGAGGAGAUACAGAAGUAUGAGCAGCUCAAGUCCGCAGUGGUCCAGCAGGAUCUGCUUGUGGACAACCUAAUCUACAAGGAUGUGAAGCUGACGGCCAGCAAUGAUGACUACUAUUUCGUGUUUGAAGACUUCCUUUACCAGGUGCUGUUGUGUUUCUCUCGAGACACAAAAGUGCUGAGCCACUUUGAACACAACAGCGCCACACCGUCCAAGACGUAUUCUCCAGGGAAAAUGGGCGUGGAAGAAUUUGCGACCGUCUACCCACCCAGCGGUGUCAUUCCCUUCCACGGCUUCACGAUGUACGUGGCUCCGCUGUGCUUCCUCUACCACGAGCCGCACACCCUGUACUACGCCUUCCACCAGAUGUACGUGCGCCACUUCUUCCGGCUGCACUCGGUGUCCUCCCACCCGUCGGGCAUCGUGGCGCUGUGCCUGCUCUUUGAGACGACUCUGCAGAGGCUCCAGCCACGUCUCUUCCACCAUCUCCGGGACAUCGGCGCGCAACCGCUGCGCAUCGCCUUCAAGUGGCUCGUCAGGGCCUUCUCCGGGUACCUGGCCACGGACCAGCUGCUGCUGCUCUGGGACCGGUUGCUUGGCUUCAACUCGCUGGAGCUGCUGGCAGUGCUGGCGGUCGCUAUCUUUGUGCUCAGAGCGGAGAAUCUCAUGGAAGCAGCUUCUCUCGCGUCCGCCGAGGCCGUGCUGGCCGAUCUGUCCACCGUCAAGGUGGUGCCGCUGCUCCAGCUCGCCCUCUUGGUGGCCUCAAGUGACGACGUGGACUGGCGCAGUAAGCACGGCGCCCACCCCCCGACACUGCACCCCUCGGCUGCCCGGCUGCCCGCGCGUACCACCAACCGCUCCCGUGUUCAGGAAGUGGGGCAUGGUAUGGGGGGCGGGGGGCGGGGCGGGGCGGGGCGGGGCUCUGAUUUGUGUCGAGAAUUUUGUUUUGGUUGACAAAAAGCCAUUUCCAUUGACUAAAUAACCCAGCCGCAAUGUUCCACCAUCAACCACCUUCACGAUGAGCCCAUGGUCUAUCCACUGCUGAAGGACUCCUCACCCUGUGACCCCCCCCCCCCCCGCCGUCCGAUCGAGGUGUCGCCCACGCCGUCGCCACCAUUCUCACGGUCCCUGCGGUGCCACAAUCCAUCCCCCACUCCCACGCGAGCCGAACUCGAAUGUGCCCAGUCCCUGCGGUGGUCACGUUCGAUCCUGUGUCAUUCUGUCGGCAGUCUCAACGUCGUCCAUUGUUGGCCAGCCACCCCUCACGGGAUGUGGCUUUCCCAAGCUCCCACUUAAAUUAAAAUUGUAUAUUUUACUAGGUAAUGCUCAGAGGCGACCUGGCCACAAAUGAUAGCUCAACGAAGUGGCUUAUUAUCACGUGGGAAUUGAUAGCACCCAAAUACUCUGAACGCGUGUGG